UGACGUUUGCAGUGCCGAACGAGGUUCAUUGAAGUCUUGGUUGAAGUAUAUUUUCGACCUAGAUUCAUCGAAGUCAGCAACUCCUGUGAGGCGGCGGGGAGACCAAAACACGGUUAUGAUCAAACGUAGCAGGCAUAGAAGGAUCCCUGAGCGGAGUCCCUACUUCUGUUUUUUUAUGGGAAACUGAAGUUGGGUUGAAAAUACUGUAUCCCUGAAAACCAGAAACAUCCGCUUUCUUCCGAUUCCGUGGAGAGUGCAUUGAUCGAGACAGCCUCCACACCUGUGUGUCCUGGGAACUGCUAGCCUUCCCUCACCAGAUGAAGUGGGGAGUUGUCGUUUCCAGCCUUGUACACGACCUUUCUGCUGUCUAGUAAAGUAACCCCACCAUGCGUGAAUACAAGCUAGUGGUGUUAGGCUCCGGAGGUGUCGGCAAAUCUGCACUGACAGUCCAAUUUGUACAAGGUAUUUUUGUGGAAAAAUAUGACCCCACAAUAGAAGACUCCUACAGAAAGCAAGUUGAAGUGGACGGGCAGCAAUGCAUGCUUGAAAUCCUUGACACAGCUGGAACAGAGCAGUUCACAGCAAUGAGGGACCUGUACAUGAAGAACGGUCAAGGCUUCGCUCUUGUAUACUCCAUCACUGCACAGUCCACGUUUAACGACCUACAGGACCUGAGGGAACAGAUCCUGAGAGUAAAGGACACUGAGGAUGUCCCCAUGAUCCUGGUAGGCAACAAGUGUGACCUGGAGGAUGAGCGUGUGGUGGGCAAAGAGCAGGGACAGAACCUGGCCAGACAGUGGAACAACUGUGCCUUUCUAGAGUCCUCCGCUAAAUCAAAGAUCAACGUUAAUGAGAUUUUCUAUGACCUGGUCAGACAGAUCAAUAGGAAAACGCCGAUAGAAAAGAAGAAAGCAAAGAAGAAGUCAAAUUGCACACUGCUCUAAAGUUCUUAUUUGCAGCAGCUCUGAGCCAGGAAACUGAAUUACACAACUGUUGCCCAUUUGGAAGGUGCCAGCAUUCCAAGACCUUUCAACAACAUUUGGAGAAGUUUGACAAAGGCAGACAAGUAAUUCUCUUCCUCACCACUCUAAUAAUGGAGGAUUAUUCUUCUUGGAUACUCUUCUCUGCUUCUUAAUGGUUACAGACCUUUUUCUCUUUUUUUAUUCUUUUUUUUGUUGUCAAUGAGUCAGCCUUGUGAUGAAGAGUUUUGCCUUUCCCCUGUUUUGGAAAUUACAAUUUAAAAGAAGAGACCACCAUGUGGAUUUGGGGAAUUAGGUUGUUUUGAUUGCAAAUAUUGUCAGAUCUUUGGCACAUUUCAAAUGACAAAACUUUUGUAAAAUACAUCAUGGGAAAUGUUGGCCUUUUUCAUUACCAUACCCUUCUGCACUAAUUGUGUCUACAGUAAUGCAUCAAUGUCCAUAUGUUUUCUUUCUCCUACUUUUAAGUACUUUUAUUCAUCAAAUAACAUAUUUCCUAAGUGACUUUGUUUUAUGGGAAGCUGUAAGGCUUUCAUAUUUCCCAUAAUAUAUUCUGAUUACUUUUUUGCAUAAUGAAGCUGUGGAAAAUGUAUAUUUUAGUGAAUGGGGGAAAUGAAGAGACUUGAUUUGUUUGUCUUGAGGCUGAAAUAUAUUGUACUAAAAACCAACUCUAAUAUUGCUUCUUGUUACCCUGUCACAAAAGAUUUUCAAGCUUUUAUGAAUGAUUAAAUUUUAGUACAUUUUCAUUA